AUGGACUUGGGUGGUCACGAGAAGUUGUCGUCUUCUAUCAAGAAAUCCUUACGGUGCUUGGAAAAUGAGAAAGAAAAUAAAGGAAGAAAAGAAGAGAAAAUUAGAAGUGGCAGAAAAGCUCAGGAGAUGGCGGUGCGGAGUCAAAAAUGUCUGCUAAGCUCGUUAUGUUAUGUUUAUGGAUAUCUUGCAACUCCUCCGGGAAAUGACAGUGGUCAUUCUAACACAGGAAAUAACCAUCGGAAGCAGAUCAUCAUCGGAGUUUGCGUGGGCGUGGGUUGCUUGGCCGCGUUGAGCCUCCUCUGUUUGGUCUAUGUCUGUCGCAGGAAGAGACCACAGCCUUCGGCUUCCUCCGUUCUUCUAGCUCGACCCGUCGCUUCCUCCGAUCCGGAAUCGGGCAUUGAGCAGUACCACACCCAGGUUUUCACGUACGAAGAACUCGAGGCUGCCACGGACGGCUUCAGCGCCUCCAACAAGCUCGGCGAUGGUGGCUUCGGCGCCGUCUACAAAGGGAAGCUCCUCGAUGGACGCACGGUGGCCAUCAAGCGGUUCUACAGGAACAACUACAGGCUGGUGGAGCAGUUCGUGAACGAGGCCUACAUCCUCUCCUCCUUACGCCACCAGAACCUCGUCGUGUUGUACGGCUGCACCUCCCGCCACAGCCGCCAGCUCAUCCUCGUGUACGAGUACGUCCCCAACGGCACCGUGGCGGACCACCUCCACGGCCCCCGCGCACGCGAGGCGGCCCUCGCGUGGCCCCUCAGGAUGCGCGUCGCCAUCGAAACAGCCGACGCGCUCAGCUACCUCCACGCCACCACCCCCCAGAUCAUCCACCGCGACGUGAAGACCAGCAACAUCCUGCUCGACGCCGGCUUCCAUGUCAAGGUUGCCGACUUCGGGCUGUCCCGGCUUUUUCCGGCCAACGCCACCCACGUCUCCACCGCGCCACAGGGCACGCCGGGCUACGUCGACCCCGACUACCACCAGUGCUUCCAGCUCACCGACAAAAGCGACGUCUACAGCUUCGGGGUGGUGCUGGCGGAGCUCAUAUCGUCGAAGCCCGCCGUCGAUGUUACCCGGCAGCGGCACGAUAUCAAUUUGGCCACCAUGGCCAUCAGCAAGAUCCAAAACCAGGAACUGGAGCAGUUGGUGGAUCCAACACUCUGGUGUCAGUCGAAGGGCGAGACAAGAACGAUGAUCGAACAGGUGGCCGAAGUGGCGUUCCGGUGCUUGCAAGCAGAGACGGAGAUAAGGCCUACCAUGAAGGAGGUUCUCGAGGCACUGAAAGCGAUACAGGAUGAGGGAUGCAGCAGGGCGAAGGGUGUCGAAGCAGAUGCCGCGGCUAACGAUGAAGACUGCUUGCUGGGGGAGAAGCCAUCACAGUCGCCUGAUACCGUCACAGCAAACUGGGAAAGCAGGUCGACGACACCACACCGUAGUGGUUGAUGAUGAGGUGGUAUUAAGGUGCUUAGGACGAUGUUAAUGUACCUAUAAAGCUUAAUGACUUGAACAUAAUCUACCAAGUUUCUGCUGUGUACUUCCAAGUAUGCAGCAAAACAUGAGGUAGAUAGUAGUAGAUAUCAAGCAACGAGAAAGAGAAUAAGAUUGCACCAACACAAUUAUAAU